AUGGCAAAGAUUCUCGACGCUGAAGUAAACGUCGGCCAAAGCACUACGUAUAUAGACCCCGAGGCCGAGAGGUCCUAUGUUAGGAAGAUUGAUUUCAUUGUGCUUCCAACGCUAUGCUUGGCUUGUUCUAUCGCGCAGAUGUACUUUUUUGACUGCAUGGAUCGGAGCAAUUUGGCAAAUGCAAAGACAGAUGGCCUUGAAAAGGACUUGAAUCUGAAGGGAAAUGACUAUUCUCUAUUGAUCCUCCUGUUCUAUAUCCCCUUUGGGUUGUUCGAUCUGCCAUGGAAUCUUUUGAUAAAGAGAUUUUCAGGAAGAAUUAUGCUGUCUAUUAUGUCUAUUGUGUGGGGAGUUCUAGCACUCUGUCAAUGCGCCGCUAAAGAUUUUGGUUCUCUGCUUGCAAUUCGCAUCAUCUUGGGUGUUUUCGAAGCUGGUUUCUUUGCCGGAGCUACCUUCUACCUCACGUUGUUUUAUACGCGUGGAGAAAUGGGAUUCCGCCUGGCUAUUAUGCAGUCAUUUGCAGUUCUGGCGUCUGCCUUUAGUGGGCUUAUCUCCUUUGGGGCAUUCCAGAUAAAUGACCCGGCAGUCAAAGGAUGGCAGUGGCUGUUUAUUAUUGAGGGUUCGAUGACACUACUCACCGGAGCUGUAGCAUUCUUUCUGCUUCCAGAUGGGGCACAGAAAGCGUGGUUUUUGAGUGACAGAGAGAGGGCAGCAGCGACGGUACGUCUGCUUCGGGAUACUUCGUCGGAGGUGGAUACCCCAUUUAAUCUCAAGUCUGCCUUUGAAUCGUGGAGCGACUGGAAAUUCCCAGUGUGGUGUCUGAUUACGUUCACAUACCCUGUUGCCUAUGCAACUGCAAUGAAUUUCUUCCCUUUGAUUGUUCAACGAUUGGGGUACUCUGUCAUUAAGACUAAUCUCUGGACGGUGGCACCUAAUCUCGUCGGAGCAGUAUUCCUGCUAUGCGUGGCGAAGUCAUCCGACUAUUUCCGCGAAAGAACGCUCCAUAUUGUCUUUUCUUUGGUAGUAUCAUUGGUCGGCAUGAUCAUAUUAAUUGCGAUUGACGUUCAGAGCAACAAGGGGGUAGCGUACUUUGCUUGUUUCCUAAUGGCAGCAGGGUCAUAUAUUCCAUCGUGUCUCGUUCACGCAUGGCACAACAAUAACAACGUACACGAGAACUCGCGAGCUGCCAAUACGGGCUUUUUUGUGGGACUGGGCAAUUUCGCUGGAGUAUUGAGCGCUGGGACAUUCCGAACUCAAUAUGCACCAAAAUAUCUACCAACUCUCAUCGCAACUUGUUGUUGCAAUGCCGUCUGCAUCGUGCUUGUUCUCGGAUUGGGAUGCUGGAUGCGUAUGGAGAAUCAUCACCGAGACAGCAAACAGGGACUAAGACUGAGAGAGAAUGAGACUGAUACUAGUCAUUUCAAGGAGGGCGAAAAGAGUGCAGAGUGGAGAUACUUCCCUUAA